CCCCGCCACUCUCCAGGCAAAGGGCGGGACAAGCUAGAGUUGGGAAAACCUAAAACGGCGAUGACGAUGACGACGACAAGGACGACUACGACGACGACGUUGAUGAUUAAUACCGCCGAUGGGUAAGCCGGGGGCUCGCUUGGAGAUCGCGGGUGCGAAUGGCGGCGCGGGCGAUACACACCCAAGCCAGGGCGUGGCACGACAUGUGUGUGUACUUUGGCUAGGCAUCCUCCUCGUCUUCCCACGGCGUCCGCUCGAGCUGCCGUGCCGUCCGGGCAUUAUCUGCCAUUACUGUUCCCAUUCCCUCUUCCCUCUCUUCCUCCUUCUCACGCUCGUUCGCAACCGGGGCUCUCCUCGUCGUCCGUCUUACCUAAGUGUGCAUGGCAAUCCUCCCCACCCCUUCCAGCAUACUAUCCGUCGCGCCCGACCGACCGGCCGCAGCUUACGCCUCGCGCGCGCGCGCGCACGGCAUCGCGUUCAGUCCAGGCGUGGCCGUCGCGCAACGGACGCCUCUCGACUGCCUUUCCCUGCCUGCUCGACAGGUAGCAUCUUAUCCCAUCCCUCCAUCCCUCCAUCCAUUCGCCCACGGUAUCCCGCCUCUCCCUCCCUCCCUCUACGCUUAUCCAUCCACCCACCCACCCCCAUCCAUCCGUCAUCAUUUCCUUCGUGCUCAGCCUCGAUCCUAGGGCGCCCGCCUGCCUGGGCCGCCGCCGCCUGCCAGGUCGGGUACCCACACGCAUACACGCUCUCCUCAAGAGGAUCUUACAUACCUACGUAGCACGCGCUCUGCCCGGCUGACGUGAUGCAUUAUUAUAUAAUUAAAUUCCUUCUCUACGUCCCCCAAACCUGACUCUGCGUGCCGGGCCAGAGCUUGGCGGGCCUAUUACCUGAGCCUGAGCCUGAGCCAUGAGCAUG